AUGGGCCGCUCGCCAGCGUCUGCCCCCCUCUCCCAUCGCUGCGCUACGCUGCCCUCCGUGCUGACUUUCUCAAUCCCAUCGCGCCCCAUCGCUCGGCGGCUUGCAUUCGCACUGCACCGCACCGCAGCGCUCUCGCAGUUGUUGUGCUCUCUGGCGGCCCCGUUCGGCGUGCGCAGUUCCCGCCGGCUCACCGCGAGCGCUGCUAAGAGCCUUCACCUGUCCACGGGUCGCUCCACGCCAUCGCUUGAGACCCUGCCUCAUACAUCCGCCUGGCGCCCUACAUCAACGCCGUCCCCCAGACAUCGCACGGCACCCAUCGCCGCCGUCAUUGCGCUCGCCCUCGCUGCCGCGCGCCCUCGCUCUGCCGCCAGCUCGCGCAGCAAACGCUCGCACCCGGCGCUGCUCCUCCGCGCCCGCCCCCCGACACCCGACCUCCGUCGCCACGGCGUGGGCAUGCUGCUAUAA